AUGGUGAAUCCAGAUAUGAUUAGCAAUCUUCCAGACGAGAUCAAAACCAAUAUCCUAUCUAAGCUUUGCAUCGAUGAAGCUGUGAGAUGCAGUGUCCUCUCAAAGACUUGGAAAGGUCUUUGGAAAGGAAUGUCACACAUGGAGUUAAACGCGACCAACAUGGUGGAGCCUUUCACAAAGCUAUUGCGAUCACGGAAGCCUCGCACAUUCCCCGAUUUCAGUGCUAUUGCUCCACCGAUGCUCAAAAGUGUCAUUGGCUACAAUGCUCUUGUCGUCCCGUUGUUAUUUAAUCACUUGGGCGUCAUUUCUAGCUGUCGUAUUCAACAUUUCAAGAAAAGCCUGGCAUUUGAGCAUGUAGAGAAUUGGGUUGAAAUUCUAGUUGCUAUACACACACGUCUUAAAGAUCUGAGUUUAGAGUGUGUGGCUCACUGUGAAGAACUUACUGAAAAGAUCAUGCCUGAAGAGUAUACUUACAUACCCCGUUUUAGGCAUGGGGCUUUUGAAUGUUUGGCUUCACUGGAGUUGAUCAACUACACACUUAACUCUUGGAUCCCUUUUCAGGAAUGCAGUCAACUCAAAAGACUUAAAAUGAAGAGCAUAUACCUAGAUGAUGUGACCCUAAGUGGGAUUUUAGAAAACUGUGUGGUGGUUGAAAAUUUUAGUUUGCUAGAGUGCAUUGGUUUCGAGAGAGUCAUCAUCAUGAGAUCGACACUUAAAGUUUUGCAGCUCCAAGCCCUAUGUGUGGACGAGCUUCAAAUUUCCUGUGAAAACCUUGAUGUUAUGAUGCUUGACUCUAUAAUUUGUCCAAUGCAAAGUUUGAGCAUUUAUGCCCCAUGUCUCCGGACUUUUCAUACUUACUGCAACUCAAUGUAUGGAAGAAUGCUUUCUGUUAGAAAUGGAAAUUCUAUUGUGAAAACCCAUGAGAUUCUUACACAUUGCUGUGGGCUUCUGGGGUCUCCAAAUGGGAAUAUAUUUCAGAAUGUAUCAACCUUGUGCAUAGACCUGGAUUUGAACAACAUAAGAGAAGCUGAGGUUCUUUCUUAUGUCUUGAAAUUAUGUCCAAACUUACAAGUGCUUGAAAUUGCUUUACCGGCUUUUAGGCCCAAAAGCCAAAUUAGCAAUAGCUCCCAACGUUGUGAUUUAUCAUAUCCCAUACCAAUGUUUUGGGAGAGGCGAGAAUUAUGCAACUGUAUCAGUCAAAAGCUGAAGUUUGUGUGCAUUAGGGGAUUUAGAGGUGAAGAACAAGAAGUAGAAUUUUCCAAAUACAUGAUAACAAGAGCCACCAUGAUGAAGAGGAUUACCAUAAUCAGUAGCAACAGUCUUAGAAACAUAAUGAAAGCAGCUGACAAUUUGUUUUCACUACCUUGGGCUUCCGUAUUUGGAUACAUUGGAAUCUAA